UGGAAAUAAAAACUUAUAACGUUACUCAACGUUGACGGUUUCUUUACAUCUAUGCAUGAUAUAGCACACAAUUUGCAAUGGUUUAAAAAUCUAGAAGAUUCUACGAACCCUGGUACUAGAAGCAUUGAAUGUCAGAAUAAGCUGCGAGUACAGUAACUGCAGUACACGUUGACGUUGGCCAACUGGACGACAAAAUAAAAGUGAGGUCAAGGGCAUGAAGCUAAAUAGUCCGUGAAAACUCUUAUCAGCACAUCACAUGACUGUAUGAUAUAAUCCUGCUGCCAUUGUACCUGAGACCAUCAUAAAAUUGUACUACACAUGGUACAUACACAAAUUUCAUCAUUAGCAUCAUCAUCAUUUCCAUAUGAGAAGGUGAUGUUACAAUGUACAGACACUACAAGUUCGAAUGCAUAAACAGGGAUAAUACCCAAACAGAGAUAAGCAAACGAGAUGUGUCAUUACUGAACACAAGUGACAAAGACGCUUGGCACAUCGACCCUGCUAAUCCAACUGCAACGGUAAAAGAAUGCUGGAACAUUAUAAAUGAUCAAUGUAAUGUGGUCAAAUCACUAAAUGUGAAAUCAAGUUCAACAUUACACACAAUAGGAUUUAAACCAGUAAGAAUAUUUGUAAGUUCAACUUUUCGUGACUUUCACACAGAAAGAGAUAUUCUUGUAAAGAGGGUAUUUCCAGAAUUGAAAGAAUGGUGUGAAGAAAGAAAGCUCUUGCUGCUAGAGUGUGAUCUUCGAUGGGGUGUACCCAAGGACUCUACAACAAGGACUACUCUUUGCACGUGUCUGGAAGAACUUGAUAGAUGUCACAACGAAACCAAUGGCGAACCAUUUUUUCUUAGCCUCCUUUGUGAACGAUAUGGAUGGGUCCCGUUAUAUGGUGACGUACCACUUGAUCUACAGGAGAAAUAUCGAUGGGUUCCCAAUACAUCAGUCACUACUAUGGAAAUUUUACAUGGAGCGCUGAGAAGUAAAAAUCCAAAUGCAUUAUUCUGUAUACGAAAUAAUGGGUUCAUACACAAGUUACCAGAAAAAGUUCAAUCCUAUUUUGUUGAGUCUGAACCCUUGCCGCAAACACAAAUGAAAACUCUCAAAGAACAUAUUCAUAUGAUGUUUCCAAAUCAGGUAUUUGAAUAUUACUGUACUGUUUCAAGUGACCAGGCCAAUGAAAAAACAAAGCUUGAAGUAGAAGAUGCUUUUGCAAAAGAGGUCUUACGUUUUUUCAAAUCGGCAAUCAGUAAGAAAUAUCCCAUUGAAGAGAGAUCUUAUUCAAAUGAGGAGGCAUUUGAAGACCAGGCUCAUGAUAUAUAUAUGAAAAGCAAGGCUGCUUUUGUGGAAGGACGUCAAAUGGAACUUCAUGCAUUAUGUCAAUUAUGUGGUGAUAAUACUGAACAAAACAGAAGAAACAAUUGCUCUCGUUUGGUUGUCUUAAAGGGGCCACAUGGAUAUGGAAAAUCUGCAUUGUUGGCCAAUUUUAUCCAAAAGAAGGAACACGAAGACAUACAUGUAUUCUACCAUUUCAUUAGUAACAUUUCCUCAAGCCAAACACCUUUGAAUAUCACAAAGCGGUUGUUUAAUUACAUCAUGAAACUGAAUGGUAAAGAACAAGCCUUGAAACCAGGUGACAAGUACGCAGACCUCCUGAUUGAAUUAAUGAAGACGUAUAGGGGUGAAGGCUGUAUUGUUGUUAUUGAUGGUGUGAAUGAAUCCAUGGACAUAGCAAGCCAGUCACAUCUGAAUUGGCUACCAAAAGAAUGGCCUCUAAAUAUAACCUGCAUUAUUAGCACAGAUUGCAACAGCAUCACCGAAAGCAGGUUACCUGAGAAUGCAGUGACGUUGGAAUUGAAAGAUCUGCCAGUCGAAGACAGGAGGAAAAUAGCAAGCACUUAUCUUGGAAGAUACAACAAAACAUUAGAUGAAGAGCAAAUGAACAUGUUGAUCACUAACAAGGGUUCCUCGUUACCCUUGUGGCUGUUAUCUGCCUGUGAAGACCUUAGAAUAUUUGGUCACUUUAGGCGCCUAACAGACCACAUAAGAGAACUCCCGGACUCUAUCAAUGGCCUUAUGAAACAAAUCAUUGACAGAUUGGUGCUUGAAGAUGACAGUGGAUUACUGAAAAAGGCUAUGUGUUUGAUAUAUUGCUCUAAAUGUGGCCUACCAGAUCGAUUUGCUCCACUGAUUCUUGGCGAUUAUGAAAACAACAUUACAUUGCCACCAAUACAAUGGGCCACCAUAAGGCGCUUGAUUAAACCAUUCAUAAGAAGUACAACUCAUUGGCAGAGUGGAGAGGAAAUGAUUGUAUUCAGCCAUGAUGUAUUGUCAAAUGUCAUUCCAGAACAUUUCAUGAGUAAACUAAAAGAGGAAGAGUACCAUAGGCAUCUAGCAGGGUUCUAUAACAAAAAAGAUCUACAUUUGAAUGACUUUACAGUAUGUGUAAACCUACCAUAUCACCUUUUACACGGCUCGCUUAUAACAGAACUAAUUGGGUUCUUCAGGAAUGACCCCAGGUCUCUUCAAAUAAGCACAAUGUUUGUACGAGAAUAUCUGCAGUCGGCACGCUGUCCAAACGUCAUUGUGAGUACAGCUGGUACAAAACAAGAAAAAAACGUGUUAAAACUAUGUCAUAUGUGUUCCCUAAAACACAGAGCUUUCAAUAAGAGAUCCACAGCUAGCAAUGACAAAGUAUGCUGCAUCUGUGGCGAUGUGGUUAUAUCAAAACACCAUACAACGGCUGGGUUUUGUUUUAAGCACAAGAUAAAAUACCACUUGGCCCCAGGGGUUGAAAAAUGUUUCAUUUGUGAAAAUGUGAUCCAGAAAAACCAGUCACAUGAUGUUUUGUUGUGCAACUUUUGUGAUGUUGGAAUGUAUUAUCAAAGAUGUUGUGUCUACAAUACUUAAGCUACACAUGACCUGUUGGUAGUAUGGACCACCAGUAUACGCACUGAUCUGAUUACUCCAUCCUCCAACCGCAAGGAUCCAAUAUCUAGCAUAUCUUUUUCUCUUUCUACAAAAUAGGAAGAAAGAGUUCUGGUGCUUUGUGUUUGGAGGGUGUAUGUCAAUUUGUUUAAGACAUGUAAGAUGUAUACAGCUGUAAGUUAACUGUUUCAUUGUAGGAGUUUGUAAAUAUUGUAUAACCCCCCGAUAUGACCAAUAAGACUGCAGUUAACUAGCGCAUGCUGUCAAAGAGUGAUAUUAGAAUAUUAUGUAAAU